CUAGUCAGGAUUACUAAUGGAAUUCAGAGAGAAUUGAGCGGCGUCUGGAGAUAAACAUGGAUCGACAUGUGGGCUCCCUGCAGGAACAGGCCCUGAAGAGGAAAGAGAGGCUAAAAGCUCUCAGAAACAAACAAACUCAUGGCCGAGACCCAGCGGACGGGGAGCCAGAGGAGAAAAAAGCUUCAUUAGAGGAGACUGUGGAGGAGAAACACAGAGAGCUGAAGCUGAGGAAUUACACCCCAGAGGAUGAAGAGCUGAAGGAGCGACAGGUGCCAAAAGCCAAACCAGCAUCUGUGGAGGAUAAAGUUAAAGACCAGUUGGAGGCAGCUAAUCCAGAACCCAUCAUUGAAGAAGUGGAUUUGGCCAACCUCGCUCCGAGAAAACCAGACUGGGAUCUGAAACGUGAUGUGGCGAAGAAGCUAGAAAAGCUGGAGAGGAGAACACAGAGAGCCAUCGCUGAGCUCAUCCGGGAUCGUCUGCGAGGCAGUGAGGAGGAACUGGCUGGAGCGGUGGGAGCAGUAGGCCGGGAGGAGGGAGACUCAGACUGAAUCCAAGAUGUGACAAAAAAAUAAAAAGACGACCAUGGAGAAUGAGUGGAACACCACCGUGGUGGUCUGACUUUACUUGGACUGCACCAUCACAUCUGUGUUGUGCUCAGAGACACGGCUGCAGGAAUAAACCUUCCAGUCAGGUCUUCAUCAUCGUGUUAUAACAUAUAAAUAUGUAGUAGCACAUUCUGUAUAUGGGGUACAUUGAUGUGCAAUCAUCAAUAUUAUUUUGUAUUUUUUUUAUAUAAAGUAAAAUGAUAUGAUCUUUUUUCAAA